AGAAAAGGAUCUGGAUAUGUUCCUGCAUCUUCGUGGCCCUGCUGCAGCAAUUGUGGCUUUAGAAAGCUCUUUGGCCAACAUGCUGCAGGCAGGAAAGCAUGAGCACAUGGACCCUUUCCUCCACAUCAUGAGCAAUUUUCUCCAAGAACGUCAUAUAGAUGGUGUUGCCCUCUUUUCUACACUGGUCACUGACAUGGGCAACUUUGUUGACCUUGCAAAGCGAAUAUGGAAUCAUAUUGAAAGCGCUCACACUGAACAAAAGUGGCAGCUUGUCUUGGGCAUUCAACUGCAGGCAAUUAAUCAGAGCAUCGUUGACAGCCUCACAGGGUAUUGUGACAUCUUAAUAUUUGUGAACCACCCCAUCAUUGAGCCCCCAUCUUGCAAGGUGUCUCGGCCCUCAAACAUACCUCUCACAAAGCAUCACCACAUGAUUAUGCAAAAGUUUGGUGAAAGGCCAUUAAGGAAGCCUCGUCCUUGCAUGUCAGUGAGCUUGGCUGUGCAUGACUACAGACUCCGCUCUUCCCAUGGAAGCUUUAUGGAUGACUGUGUUCGUGAAAAGUGGGUCAACUAUGAGCAGGCAUGCCCUUCAAAAGUUGGUUUUGUCGAGAGGGAUAAAGAGUGGGGAGCAGCUUAUGUGAAGAAAAAUACAACAAUGCUCGUCUUUGAGGAUGAAACAACAAUCACUGAUAAGGUUUCAGCAUUUCUAGAAGAAUGUCCGUCUGGAUGUGUGGCUGCUUUUCAUGUCGAGUAUGAGGACUUCACGGGUCGAUGCUUCGCAAGAGAAAGGUACUCAAGGCUUCAGUCUAUUGCCAAGGCUCUUCAGCACACAAGAGGUAAAUACAUUUUAGUUUAA